UGCGCGGGGCGGGGCGGGGCCGCCGCGGCCGCGCCCCUCCACCCAGCCCCACCCCCUUGGGCCCCUGCAGCGCCGGCCGGGGCCGCUGGACUCCCGGGACCGCCCUCCCUACUCCCUCAAAGUCCCGCCCGGCGCCUCCGCUCUAGUCUCCGGCGGUCCACAACCUAGCCUCCCCAGGGGAUUCCACGCAGUCGUCCAGGCCAGCCCAAGGCUAGUCCCGAGGCUCAGAGGCCCCCGUUCCACCAGGGUGAGCGGAUCUUGGGACCCGCGAAGGGGCGGCCGCCGCAGGUCAGGAGCGGGUUGGGGACACAGCCCCGGGUCUUCCUGGACAGAGGGAGCCGAAGGCCACCUCUCUGUCCCCCAUCUCAAGCGAGACCCGCGAUCCUGCCGGUGUCGUUCGUCGUGGUGCGGCGCCCGUGUUGGGAUGUGUGUGGGCGUGCGGGGUGUUGCACGGUGUGAAUAUUUUGUGGGCCUGGAAACGGGUGUGUUUGGUGUGGGGGCGGUAGAGGCUCCUAUCCCGCAGCUCCGGGUGGGUCAGGGAUGCACAAGGCCUGGCUGUCUGCGCACGCUGGUCACAGGCUCACCAGCCAACCAGGAGCCCCUCAUGUGGUAAGUGACACAAACGUACACACCUGACACGUGGCAAGGGCCACCGCAGCCUCUGUCCCAGACCCACUUUCCCACUGUACACUUUGCCAUAAACAUAGGCGAAAGCCCUUGUGCAGGGAAGUGAGUUUGGAGUUCCUGGGGUGGACCAGGCCUGAUGCGGAGUGAUGGAUGGCCUUCCCCCAGGUCUCUUCCUUUUCCAGGCAAGAUCCCUCCUCAGCCCGGAGCGGGGCCCCUCCUGCCCAGGCCUCAGGAAGUGGGUUCCGGCAGGAUCAGCCCUGUAGGUCCAGAUGGGUCCUAUCCUUCAGGUUUCUUGGCCUCUGGGCCCAUAUGCCCUCUGUCCUUGCUAAACCCACCAACGUACCCUGCCAUUCAGCCUCUGGGCGGGCUGUGAGGGCUAGACGCUGACCCUGGAGGAAGGACAGGGGGCAUCGUCAUGCCAGGGAGCCCUGCCUUGGAGGCUUAGGGUGUCGGGUCCCUGGGCUCAUGCUGAGAAGCCUGGAGUAGCCUCCCACCAGCCAGUAAGUUCCCCCCGCUGGCUCUGGCUGAGGUGGGGGUGGGCAUCUCCCUGGUCAUUCCGGGUCAUCCCUGGACUCGGGGUUUACCAGUCUGCCCAUCUCCCUCCUAAGCUGCACCCUAGAUCCUCUAGCUUGGCCAGCUGGGUCCAGCUCUAUCACCCCCCAGAGGAUCUGGCACUGGAGGAAACUGGUCCAGAUUGGUGAUUUAGGAGUGGGGGAGGGGGACCCAGCCCUGGAGUGAAUCAGGAUGGCGUGAGCUAGGAGAGAGAGACAGACAACCCCAAGGGACUCGUGACGUCAGGCCUGAGGCAUUCCUCCCGUGUCCUUGCACACAACCCCUUCUGGACUGAGACAAGUCUCCCAGCUCCCUAGCCUGGGCACUGCCCAUGACACUCCAACCCCUUCUCCAAGAGGUGCAGCCCCUGGGAGCACUACCAGCCGGCAGAGCCAUGCUCCACAACUCCAGCCUCGGGGAAGGCACGCUCCACGAGGAGGCCCCCAUGUGGACCCACGCGAACCAAUGCGCUCUCACAAUCCAGACUUGGCGGGGGACACAGGAUGCACAGUUCAGCGUUACAGUAGGCAGAGGAGAUAAGACCUGGAGGCAGGACAGUGACAGGGAAGGAGCGUGGAUAGGGGCAGGGGGAGCCCUGGCCCCCAAUGCCUCCUCUCCAUUCCCCCCUGAGCCUCCAGGGGCCUCGGGCAGCAGUAUCAUCCCUGUGUACUGUGCUCUCCUGGCCACCGUGGUCCUCGGUCUGCUUGCCUACGUGGCUUUCAAGUGCUGGCGCUCACAUAAACAAAGACAGCAGCUGGCCAAAGCUCGGACCACAGAGCUGGGGGCCCUGGACAGGGACCAGAUGCAUGGAGAUGGCGGUGUCUUCCGGGACUCUCCUAGCGGCCUGGAGUCCUGCGCCCCCAGCCAGGGGCCACAUCCUGAGUCUGGCUGCCGGCUUUACCUUCGUCUCCCUCGGCAGCAGCAAGAGGAAGUGGAGCAUCUCCUGGAAGCGUCGGGCGAGCCUGACAAGGGCUGGCAGGGCCUGGCGGGCCGCCUAGGCUACCAGGCUGAGGCUGUGGAGACCAUGGCCCGGGGCCAGGGGCCAGCCUACACCCUGCUGAGGGACUGGGCUGUCCAGCAAGGCAGUGGUGCUACCCUCAGGGUGCUAGCGGAUGCCCUGGCUGCCAUGGGCCGGGAAGAUGUGGUCCGGGUCCUGGGCCUCCCGGCUGAGGACCGCGCUGUGGUGUGAGCAGUGCCUCCACAGCCUGGCCGCUCAGGGAGCCUGCUCUGGGGCUCCCUACCGUGUCCAUCUCACAUGCCUCCCCUUUUGUGGGCUUCCUGGCGUUAGUGGCCUCAGCCUGCUCUGUUCUGGGGGGAGACAUAAGGUCCAGCCACCACUCACCUCCCCGCACCCUGCCUUCUUCCAAGACAGGGAUCAGGAGAUGGGGGAAGUUGGCAGUAAGUGGGCCCGUACUCCACCUCCACUUAGCCUCAACUGGUUUUUCUACUUUUGUAUUCCGUAUUAAAGGUAACUUUGCAUCAUU